UGGAGUCAAUCACCGGCACAGCUGGUGUGGCUGUGAGAACAGACAGCUCUCGAUCCCUUUGCUUCUCUGCCCAAAUUCCCUGGAAAUAUGACACGAAACUUGGCAAAAGUUAACGAGCCAGCGCCUGAUACGGCUUGUUUUGCUCCUCAGCCCUCUGAUCCUGCAAAGGAGCUCCAUGAGAUGGGAUGGGAAGACGUACGAGGAGAUCCCCAUAGCGCACAUCAAAGCCACGUACAACAACACCCACAUCCAGGUCGUCAGCUUCGACAACAGGCCCUUUGCCCAUACGUCGUGCGGCACUGAGGGCUUCCAGAAUGCCAAGAAGGGCACGGCCAUCGCAGCGCAGACCGCGGGCAUUGCGGCGGCGGCGAAAGCACGUGGGAAAGGUGUAUUCCAUGUACGAGUCAUGGUGAAAGGACUGGGACCAGGGCGCAAAGCUGCCAUCAAGGGCCUGACGAUGGGCGGCCUGGAGGUCAUCUCCAUCACGGACAACACCCCCGUGCCACACAACGGCUGCCGGCCCCGGAAAGCCAGGCGCAUGUGAGAGGAAAGGAGGAGCCGGCGGCGUGCGGGAGCAGCGGCUGCAACGUGGACCGCGGGGAGGGCUGCUCCUGGGACACAUCCUGGAGAGCCUCCUUCCACAGAAAUGUCUGCGAGGGGAGCUUGAAGAGACCACCUUAGGUUGGUGGUGCAAGCAGGGAUGCAUUUACUUGCUUAAUGCAAAGUCUCUUGUGUACAAAAUCUGUUGAUUAAAAUGUUGAUCUUCUGACAGCUGUU